CCCGUCAGUAUCUACCUUGUGCGGAGGUCUCUGGACCACCUCGAACGCGAUCGCGAAUUACGACGCCACCGUCAUCCCCCGCGCUGCCCUUGUUCUUCAACCACGGGGAUAUAUACACAACCGACCUCACGAAGGGGGAAGAACCCGAAGCCAACCCGAACUUUAGACGAAGUGGUUGUUGGACCUGAGGGAUGGUCCACCCAGUAACAGACUCGGCAUGCGUUUGAUGAAAGAUGUAUCCACGCACGAGCAGGUGACGUGAUUUUAUGUGAAGAGUGUCCCUAUCAAAUUUUAAGCAAGAAGGAACUGUUUUGUGACCUGAAUUAAUAGAACGACAGCCGAAAACGACCCACUUUCCGUACUACUAUCACACCCCCAUCAUCGACUCCACGUCAACCCAUCCGAGAUGUUGCCUACAAACGUGAUGUCGUUUAUGAAGAAGAUGGUAACUACACAACCAGAACCGGGACCAGCGGGAUCCGUGACCCCGGAGGAAAGUGGCACCACCUUUAGCAAACUCAGACAGCUCGGCAGCGGACUGAUAACAGCGACCGGAAAUGUGACGAAAUUGACUCCGGCCAAAGUUACUUCAGUUGAGGAGAUCCAGCCAAAACAGGAAACCUCACCCGUUGAGACACCCAAACCGAAACCAGAACACGCCAGACCAGCUAGUAGAACCGGCGCCUGCCGGGUUUGCCUCAAGUCUUUCAAACCCGAUGACUUCUCUAAGACAUGCAACGAGUGCCAGCAUAAAGUUUGCGAAGACUGCGCUUCCUAUUCUACUACCGUGGAGACUGAUGAUACGGCGACAUGGCGAUGCAGCGUAUGUCGGCGGAAGGUCGCUUCCCGUGUGCAGCCAGUCGUGACCCAAGAGUCGACGGAUUCGCUCCUAGACGUUCCAGUUUUGGAGGCACUCCAGAGAAGGCACAGUGACGCUAGACUUGGCUGUCAGACCGGGAGCAACGUCGGAGGCAUCAGUAGCGGUUUGGCACCACCAAGAAGUCCAGAGUUAAGACGACACUCGGACGUAUCGCCGGCUAGUCUUAAAGAACUCGAGAAGUUUCGAAAGGUUGCAGGAGAGCGUUGUGAGGAGCUCAGGUGGGAGCGGGAGCUAGAAUGGCGAAGCAAGUCGAGAAGUGGAUCACCGGAGCGACGCCACGGUGAUCACAGAGGUGACAGAGGCGAUAGAGCCGUGCCGGCCGAUAGAAUCGAGAGAAACGACUGGGGUGAAAGGCUCUCCAAGCAAACUCCAUCCGCAGAUUUUGAGCUGACAGAAGACCUCAACGCUGAUGAGGAGGAAGAAAGACGGCGUCACUCCAAGCGUAGCGGUGGUACUAUCCGGCGAAAGUCUCGCGUCGCGAGGCAAAGGUCUUACGACGAUGAGGUAAAGUCGGGGGGCGUUUCCGGUUCCAGUCAGCCCGUUCAUACCGAUGCGGGACUUAAUCUGCCAGUUCAACUGCCCAGGAGGGCCUCCGCCUAUGACGUCUACGCAACUCCGGGGGCCAGUGGACUCAACGCCAUGGCCAUCGCUGCCGCCCAGCAAAGAGCAUCAAUGUUUGCCCAAGCAGGUGCGCGGGAACCUGAAGAAAGAUCAGUGCCCUCACGACGACCAUCAUUCCGUGCGGUCAAGUCGGUUCUACCGUACGACAUGGAGGCGGAUGAAGAGAAAGUAAUAAACCUGGACACGGCGCUGACGUCCGAAGUCACAGCGUCCCAAGCACCAGCCCUCGUCCUUGACGAUGAUCGACGUAGUCGACGAAGAGGCUCACAGCUACCAGAUAUAAACGCGAUAAGAUCUCUUCCGGUGGCGCCAGCAGUAACCAAAGGACCCUCGACAAACAUGGCUCGCGCGACGGUCGAUGAUAGGGAAUUACCACGUCAAGGAAGUCUCGCAGAUGGUGAAGGGAUCAAAAUCGUUAUUCACGACGUUGACAGCGAUCUCGUACCUCGAACGAAUUCAAAACGACGGAUGGUAUUGAGAAGAGAUCCUGUAAUGGACAAAGGUCACAGAGCACGUGGCUUUGGAAUGCGAGUAGUCGGGGGUAAGACUGGGGUCGACGGUCGAAUGUUCGCUUACAUUGUGUGGACGGUUCCCGGGGGGCCUGCAGACAAGGCGGGACUUCAGCAAGGAGACAAGGUUCUUGAAUGGGGCACAGUGUCUUUGAUCGACCGAAGUUUUGAGGAAGUUGCACAAAUCAUGGAACGCACUGGUGACGUCGCUGAACUUGUUGUCGAGCAUGCCACCGAUAUAAUCGGCGAUUUGCUUGACGAUCCGGGAAUGGCACCAAGCCCAGGAAAACCAUCGGGUAGCCUUGGUUUGCAAUUGGAAACGGAAACGGACAAAACACCAUCGUCACCAACGCGCCGGAAAUUGCCAAAGACGCCGGAACAAAUCGCCAAAGAAAAACAAGUCACAGGCCGAGUUCAGAUCCAGGUCUGGUACGAGGCCGAACGCAAAGAGCUUGUAGUCUCAGUGCUGGCUGGAGACGAAUUAUGCACUCGCGAGGACACCGGGUACGGAACUGCUCCUGAAGCAUAUGCAAAGCUUCGUCUAGUUCCAGCAUGUGGCGAUCAGAGCUCGCUGAAGACAGAUGUUGCUGAACCUACUCAGAACCCAAUUUGGAAUGCAACCCUCAAUUUUUCUGGAGUACCCGGUGACGAUCUAAUGGAUAGAAGCAUCGAGGUCACUCUGUGGGACUACUGCCCUGACCGAGAAAGUGUCUUCAUGGGGGAGUGCACGGUUGAGUUGCAAAAGGCUUUUCUUGAUGAUCGAGCGGUCUGAGAGCUGUAAACAACAACAGCAUUCAACGUAACUAACGUAGUAGUAGUAGUGGUAGUAUAU